UUCGGAUUUAACUGUUAUCAAAAUGGUGUUAUCAAUAGGGAAGGUUUUGAAUUGUGUUUUGUCGUCUAUUUCUUUAACUUCUGGCAUAUUUAACUGUUAAGAAAUAUGGGCGAUCUCUUUGGAAGUUACGAACAUACUUUUGGCACGUUAACAGCCGAAAUUACAUCAAAAAUUGGCCGUAUUCCUAGCCUAGAAUCAGGGAGUAAGAAAAAUGAAGUCAAGAACGUUGAGAAACUAUUUGAUGAAGUCAAGGAAUUAUUGGAGCAAAUGGACUUGGAGGCUCGUGAACAGCCAGCUCCUGAUAAGACAAAAUUAUGCAAUCGUGUGAAAACAUAUGAAAAAGAGGUCCAAAAACUUGAGCAGGAACUGAAAAAAGCCCAAGUAAAAUUUGGUGACUAUGAAGCUGACAGAAACGAGUUGUUAAAUUCGGAUUUUACAUCCAGUUCUGAGGAUCAGAGAACUCGGUUAUUGAAUAAUACAGAGCGAUUGGAGAGAAGCUCAAACCAACUUGAUGAUGGCUAUAGAAUGUGUAUUGAAACAGAGGAGAUGGGCACAGUCAUAAUGGAUAAUUUGCAGAGAGAUCGUGAAGUGAUGAUGAGAACUCGAGAAAGGCUUCGAAACACGGAUCAAAAUCUUGGAAAAAGUUCAAGAAUUUUAACUGGAAUGAUGAGGAGAAUUGUGCAAAAUAAAAUCAUUAUGGCAGUCAUAUGUCUGAUCAUAAUUGGUGCGAUUAGUUUUGUCAUUUAUAUGGCUGUUCACUAAACUUUUUGGUUUUGUUACAUUUUGAAAGAGGCAACGUACUGGCACAUCAUAAAAUGACAUACAUGAGUGCGUAUAUGUGUAUAUGAGAUACAACCGUCUUUUUUAAUGGUAGAUUUUCGCCAUUGUAAUUCACGAAUUAUGGCAAAACUUAGAACGAAAAGUUGUUUUUUUUUCUUUAUAUAAAAUAUUUAUCCUUGGCAAACAGAAAGCAAUAGCAGACUGUAUUUGAUAAAGUACAUUAAUUAACUUUGCACGCUGUAAGUGAAUAGACUAUAGAAAAUAAGAAGAGUAUUUACACUUGUUAAGAUAAAUACAUUAUAGACCACUGUUCAA